AUGGAUGUGUGGAGUCAAGGUCCAGCUGUGUUGCAGAAAACCUCUAUUAGACCUGGAAAUUUUGGUGAUUUAGUAAAGGCUCUAAUCUCAACCUGUGAUCGAAAUACUAUUGAAUUAUUUGCUUUUGCAGCUAGGAACAUUUGGCAUAGGAGGAACCUGUUUAUUUUUGAGAAUUCAUUUAUUCAUCCCUGUGAAGUUAUGCAGACAGCCAAGAAAUCUCAGUAUGAAUUCAAAGCUGCUCAACCCAAGCUUCUUACACCUUCUCAAGGGAUGAUAGCAGAGGAUUGGCACUGGAAACCUCCUCCGCCAGGUGUUACUAAGAUCAAUUGGGAUGCAGGAUUGAAUGAAGGACAAGGCAGAGCUGGCUUUGGUUUAGUAGCUCGUGAUUCUCAAGGAAAUGUGAUAGCGUCCAAAAAAUUUUCUAGGCCAAGUUUAUUUGAUCCUCUACUUGCUGAAGCUCAAGGGGCCUUGUAUGCAGUUGAUCUAGCAAUAGAUUUGGGAUGCAGUUCUAUCAUUCUGGAGGGUGAUUCUCUUUCAAUUGUCAAAUGCUUAGAGCAACCAGUGGAUAGAUGGGAUCGGGUGGGGAUGAUUCUAAAUGAUACCAAGUCUAAACUUUCAGGUUUAGUUAGUUGGGAAGUUAUAUUUGUUAAACGAGCAGCUAAUGUUUUUGCUCAUCAACUUGCAAAAGCUGCACUAUCAAUUCCUGAGGAGCUUGUUGCCUUUGUUGUUAGUCCAGAUAGUUUGGAUGUUGUAACUUCUGAUGAUGUUUAA